AUGGCUACCAAGAAGAAAUCGUCUCGCUCCAAGCCAGACGAUUCACUGUUGUUUUACGGCUCUGCCCUGUAUGACUUCCUGUCGCCUUUCAAAAGAGCACAGAACCAAUGGGCUGCUCGGUACACUGUUGUGAUCUUUGCCAUAAUUGUGCGCUCAGCCAUCGGGUUUGGAAGCUACUCAGGUGCUGGGACGCCUCCGAUGUAUGGUGAUUUCGAGGCACAGAGGCAUUGGAUGGAGAUUACCCAGCAUCUGCCAAUGAAGGACUGGUACUGGUAUGAUCUACAGUACUGGGGGUUGGACUAUCCACCACUCACGGCGUACCACUCUUGGUUUUUCGGUAAGCUGGGUAGCUUGGUGGACCCAGCUUGGUUUGCACUGGAUGUGAGCCGUGGACUGGAGACCGAAACGCUGAAAUCUUUCAUGAGAUUCUCAGCAUUGGUCAGCGAGGUCGCUAUUUACGUACCUGGUGUGUUUCGUUACACCAAAUGGAACGGUAAGGCUAUAAAGCACUCGCCAAUUGACCAGACCAUUGUGGCAUCUUGUAUCUUGUUCCAGCCAGCGUUGAUGAUCAUCGAUCAUGGUCAUUUCCAAUUCAACUCUGUGAUGCUCGGACUCACUCUGCUAUCGAUCGUGCACCUGUUGUAUGAGAACUAUAUGCUUGCAUGUGUCUUCUUCGUGCUGUCCUUAGGGUUCAAGCAGAUGGCAUUGUACUAUGCACCAAUUUUCUUCUUCUACCUGCUUGGAAGAUGCGUUGACUUACAAACCCCAGGCUUACCACUAUCCAAGAGAUUGAAUCCAUUCAGACUGUUUUUAAUCGGCACUGCAACGGUCAUUACAUUUGUACUACUUUUUGGCCCACUGGUCCUAUUCGGUGGCCUGGAGAACCUAAAGCAGUGCAUCCAUAGAUUGUUUCCAUUUGCUCGUGGUAUUUUUGAAGAUAAAGUUGCCAAUUUCUGGUGUUUCUCUAACAUCUUUAUCAAGUACCGUACACUCUUCUCACAGGAGCAAUUGCAGUCUUAUUCACUGAUUUUAACACUGGUGGGAUUCCUACCAGCUGCUAUUCUGAUCUUCUUCAAACCAAGAAAGAAUCUGCUCCCAUGGGCACUUGCAGUUUGCUCAAUGUCGUUCUACCUCUUCUCAUUCCAAGUUCAUGAGAAGACCAUUUUGGUUCCACUGUUGCCUAUCACACUCCUGUACUCUACAAAUGAUACAAACGACAUGGCCAUUAUCUCAUGGAUCAAUAACGUUGCGCUUUUCUCUAUGUGGCCAUUGCUGAAACGUGACGGAUUGUUAUUACAGUACUGCUGUCUGAUGCUAUUGUCCAAUUGGUUGAUGGGAAAUCUCAGCUUCAUCACGCCAACAUUCUUGCCUAAGGUCCUUACACCUGGUCCUUCAAUCUCGCUCGUACAGCAGGCAAAGAAGCGCCAUGGUUUACCAGACGGCAUCCUCUGGAGAAUCAUCAUUCUCUCAAGUUACAUCGCCAUUGCCCUUGUGAGUUUCGCCGAUCUCUACAUCCAGCCUCCAGCAAGAUACCCAGAUCUAUGGGUAUUGGCCAACGUCGCUGUUUCUUUUGGAUGUUUUGUACUGACAUGGCUAUGGUGUUACUACAAGUUAUUUAUCCUCGCAUUCUAA